AUGAAACAAUUAUGGAAAAUGCGAUUCGCUAAAUUCCUUAUCAACGAUUUAAAGAAUUACGGACCGGCCGGGUUAAUACACAUGGAAGCUCUAUCAAACGUAAUAGGAAAACCUAUUCGUAUUUGGCGAUCAUCGCACUGUUUCUAUAAAACUAUAAAUGGCAAGCAUGUGGACAAGAAGGCAAUGCCAGUUGACGUUGAGUUUCACGACUGCAAAUCGACGUACAGACAAAUUGGUCACUGGACGUUGGUGGGUAAUAAAGAUCCCAUUAACAACAAAACUGAUUUGAACGGGUGUCUGUUCAGUGUGAUCGCCGAUCAAACAGAAAACUGUCCUAUAGACAUGAGAACUAACACUGUAGGACAGAUGGCGAACAACGUGAACACGUUGAUCGAUCGAAUCGAUGUUAUUUUAUCAUCAUACGGUAAAGAUGAACCAACGUUAAUGAUAGGUGGUGCUCGAUACCAUGGCAUAUCGCCGAGAGAAGCCGCAAUUAUUUUAAACAACUCGCAAAAUGUAUAUUGUGAUGGUUGUAGUCAGUUAGGACACCCAAGAGGUCAUGUCUCCGAUAAAUUAGCCACGGGCCCAUUAGACAGCGUCGAGAAUUAUUCUCGCUCGAGUGGUGGAAUGAAAUCAGGAUUUCUAAGUUACACGGAUCAAAACAAUGUGGCGCAUUUCGCGCUAAGUCAUAGAAGCGCGCAAAAGGCGAUGGAAACUUUAAAUCAAGGUUACAUGAACGCAACAGUGACGCUGCAUGUGCGCGACUUACAAAUCGCCGGUUGUGAUUUGCCACAAAUGAAAGAAUGGUGCAACGGCAAAGAAUGCUCUUAUGCUUUGGACAUCGCUCAAGUUACGUUGGUGCUACGACACCACCAAGGCAAACGUAGUGAUCCAGACGCAGACGUAUUCGUCCAUACAUUUUAUCCCAGAAGUCGAUGAUUAUGUAUAUACUUAUUUCAGUAGGUCUGGGUUAGAUACAUACAAUACAAAUUUUGUUCAUGAUCAUGUCACAUGUCAUUUGAUCCAUUAUAAUAAUGACUUUACGAAAAAACAAUUGAACAAAAAUUGUCUUUGGUAUCUAUUCUUGCUCUCAAUCUCACUUAGCAGGUCCUCUUAAGUAAAAUAACAUUCGUUGCACGCACCUACCUUAUGUCUGGAAUUUUUUAUUAUCUCAUAGGGUGUCUUCGACAUUGUUUUCACUUCUCCAAACUGGAGAUUGUGACUGAAAUUUACAAAUUUCAUCUUAAUCAAAUAAUUCACUUUACACUACAAGUUAUUUAUUGUUUUAUGUUUUACUUGUAACAUAUAUCGAUGUAAAGAACAUAAAUUUCGUUAACAGAAUCUUAUUUACGAAUGCUAAGUAAUAUCUCAUAAAUGUCGCGUACAAACUAGAAUACAGUUUGUAGAAGAAAAAACACUGACAAUAUGAAUAUAUUAGAUAUAAAACACACCUGUUCUUUCUUACUUGCUGGCUAACAAUUUUCAAACUUCAAUUCUUCGAUAAUCAAUGUUGCGAUGAUCGAAUUUUCAGUUAAUCGAUAUUCUUAUUAGUUUGCUAUAUCUCAAUUCUCGUAAUCGCGUAAAAAUCAUUAAGCGAAAUAUGCGAUAUAGAUUAAAUAUUAUCACAAGGUAUAAUUAAUAUUAACAUUUUGCAACAUGAAACUAACAAGCGUUGUAACCAAAUGUUCUAUGAUGUUUUUCGGAAAUCAAUUUUCUAUGACAAUGCGUUUAGAAUUUGUAUUCCAUGAACAUAGCUUCAGAACUUGGCCAUACUGCAUGCGUACAAAAAACUACUCUAAGGAUUGUAUUUUCAACCAUAAACUGUAACUAUCGAUUUUUUUAUUGAAGUUCGAUUGAAUCAAUUUCAAAAUCCACAUUAACUUGAUUACAAUAUAUGAAAGUAUAUAUAAGGUAAAGAACUAAAAUAUAUUUAAGCAAAAAAAAUGUUGGAAGUUUAUUUUAUAACAAUGUCUGAAAAAUAAAGUAUCAUUGUGUACAUGUUUUCAAAUGAGGUCUUUGUGUAUCUUAACUAUGAGUAUCUAUGAGUAUCUGUUUUGUAGUAAUAUUCCGACACAAUUAUGUAUUUACUUAUUUAUUUAUUUAAUUUCAUAAAAACAGUUUAUCUUAUAGAUCAUGUAUAUAUACACAUUUAA